AUGUUAAUUCUCAAUACAACAAUGAAAAAUAGAUUAAUUACAAAUAUAAAAGAAGGGGAAACGAUGCCAGAGAGUUUAGAAUCACUAAAUUAGAAUAGGAAGCGAUCUCAUUCUUUUGAUCUACCAUUCAUAACCCUAUUAUCAGCGAACCAAUUGUCCAAAAUGUAACCAAAAUUAAAAAAUAUGCUUUUGAUACCAAACUCUUCAAAUUAUAGAAAUUCAGCACGAAAAUCGCAAAGAUCAGAAAAACCUGACAUAAUGGACGCAAUAUCGUUGGUAAGCAAUGUAGCCUCGGAAACCCCUUAAUAAAAAGCAAAUAUCAGAAGAGCUAGUUAAUAUGAUUACAUUAGCUUAAAGCAAAGAAGAUUAGACAGUUUUGCUCCUUACGUUUAUGUCAGCCAACAUUGCAGAGACAUGGCAGUAUAUAAAAAGAAAAAAUUGAAUCGAAUAAAAAUGCAAAUUUAUGAAAAGAUCAAAUGUUAAGAAGCAGUAGAAAGUAUAGAGAAGCAGAAGUUCUCUAUUGCCAUAAUAAAUCAAAAUAACGUAUCGGAGAGCCAAAACAGUUAGUGA